GAAAGAUGCGCUCUAUCAUAACACAUUCAAAUACUUUAUGGUUUUGGUUUGACAGGAAACAGCUUCCGAGUUUCUUGCAUUUAAGAACUAAAAUAAUGUGAACAGCUCUGACGCUGAAGGAUUUCGCAUCUGCUCUGCGCUGAUGUAAAGAGGACAGAUUUGGAGAUUUACCUGCACCGCUUAUCCUGCUGGAGGACACUUCUGGUCUCACAUAUGUAUUUAUAGAGGAUCUGUCUGUCUCCAGAUGUGAUUUAAUGUGGUGAACGGCACACUGCAGAACGGAAAAUGCCUCAAAUCUGCACAGAACAGUCAUACCCGUCACAAAGAUCUGCCUUUACUCCUGAGCCAGAUGUUGAAUGGAUCCAGAGAGGAGAUAGUGAUCAGCAAGGCUAUGGACUAAUGGGCAGGAUAUCGCAGUUCAUUCUGAAGUUUGGCAGGACGUCCACAGAAUGUCAAGUGUCUGAACGCAGUGCUGCGGUUAGGAUAACGGCGAGGCCUGAAGACAUCAGAGAACAGGAGGAAGCAUGGUGGAGCGACAUAGGACUGGACCAACUUCGUUACAGGAACUUCAACAACAAUGCUGGUCAUUGGCCACUUGCAACACUCAAUAUGAACAACUGCAACAAUACAGACGACAAAAAGGAUGACAGGGAGAUAAAGAAAGACGAUAAGAAAGAAGAGCCGAAAAAGGACGAGAAGAAAGAUGAACCAAAGAAAGACGAGAAGAAAGAUGACAAGAAAGAUGAUAAAAAGGAUGAUAAAAAGAAGGAAGAGGAGAAACCAAAAGAAGUGUGGAUAAUGGAUCCUGCCACAGAUCUGUACUAUCACUGGUUGACCAUUGUAGCAGUACCUGCAUUUUACAACCUAAUGAUGCUUGUUACCAGAUCCUGUUUUAAUGAGCUGCAGGAUGACUUCACCAUUUUAUGGAUUGUGCUGGAUUAUAGCUCAGAUGUCAUCUACUACCUUGAUACAUUUGUCAGAUCAAGGACAGGUUUCCUGGAACAAGGUUUACUUGUAAAAGAUUCUAAGAAGCUGAGGGAACAUUACAAAAAGUCACCACAAUUCAGGUUCGAUAUGAUAUCCAUGAUACCGACAGACUUAUUAAUGCUCAAAGUGGGCUACAACAAUCCCGAACUGAGAUUCAAUCGACUUUUCAAGAUGGCUCGUCUCUUUGAGUACUUCGACCGCACCGAAACCAGAACCAACUUUCCGAACAUCUUCCGGAUCAGCAACCUCGUUCUCUACAUCCUCAUCAUCAUCCACUGGAACGGCUGCAUCUUCUUCGCCAUCUCAAAAACCAUCGGCUUCGGAUCAGACACUUGGGUGUACCCCAACAUCAGUGACCCGGACUUCGGCCGUCUUUCCAGAAAGUACAUCUACUGUCUGUAUUGGUCCACCCUCACCCUCACGACCAUCGGAGAGACUCCGCCUCCGGUCCGAGAUGUUGAGUACUUAUUUGUCGUUGCUGAUUUUCUCAUCGGCGUGCUUAUUUUCGCCACCAUCGUCGGUAACGUCGGCGCCAUGAUUUCUAACAUGAACGCCUCCCGUGCUGAAUUCCAGGCGAAGAUCGACUCCAUCAAGCAGUACAUGCAGUUCCGUAAGGUCACCAAAGAUCUGGAGGCCCGUGUUGUGAAGUGGUUCGACUACCUUUGGACGGAGCAAAAGACUUGCGAUGAAAAGGAAGUACUUAAGAACCUCCCAGACAAGCUGAAAGCAGAGAUUGCCAUCAACGUCCAUCUUGAAACUCUCAGGAAGGUGCGUAUCUUUCAGGAUUGUGAGGCGGGUCUUCUCGUUGAGCUUGUCCUUAAGCUCCAGCCUCAGGUAUUCAGUCCCGGAGACUACAUCUGCAAAAAGGGCGACAUUGGACGGGAGAUGUACAUUAUCAAAGAAGGCAAGCUAGCCGUGGUGGCCGACGAUGGCGUCACGCAAUUCGUGGUCCUCAGCGACGGCGCUUACUUUGGCGAGAUCAGCAUCCUGGGCAUCAAAGGCAGCAAAGCGGGAAACCGCAGAACUGCUAACAUACGAAGCGUGGGAUAUUCUGACCUGUUCGCGCUCUCAAAAGACGACCUGAUGGAGGCGCUGACCGAGUACCCGGAGGCCAAAAAGGCUUUGGAAGAGAAAGGCAGGGCUAUUCUGAUGAAAGAUAAUCUCAUCGACGAGGCCGCGGCCAACGCUGGUGCCGACCCCAAAGACCUGGAGGAAAAAGUGAGCACGCUGGAGACAAAUCUAGAGGUGAUGCAGACCAAAUUUUCUCGUCUUAUGGUAGAUUGGACAUCCAACCAAAACAAGAUCAAACAGCUGAUCGCCAACAUGGAGGCCAGAGUGAAGACUCUUAGAGAAGAGGAUUUGUCAGAGGUCAUGGAGGAUAAGAAGGACAAAUAGUUCGGUGCAGAUAUUGAUUUAUUCACAGGACUUCUCACGAUGACGCCAGCAUACCUUUACCCAUAUUUUGGAAUCCAUUGUUAUUUUUGAGAAACUGCCUGUCCGAGAAGUGCACGUCCAGCAACACGGACUAUUUAUAGAUCAGAGAUUUGGCGGUUCACCAGACUAAAGCUAAUUUGUGAUGGCAGGUAAACACGUUUCAGUCUCGCUAAUGCAUGGCCUUUAGAAGUGAUCUGGAACAAAAAUGCACAAGAAAGCCGUCUUCUGUUCUUGAUGCUGCAGAAUGAAGUAUGGCAGUGUCUGUCAGGUAGAAUAACCAAUAAAAUAGUGGAAACUGAAUUUUUAGGGGACAAUUGUGCAGUUAUAGUCUCUGUGAGAUGUCCUGCUGCAGGUUUUUAAGCAUAACUGGUUAAAAUGUCCCUCGGUUUUUGCAUUUUUAGAUAAUUGACUUGAAAGAAGCUUACUUGUAU